AUGGACGCCAUCAGAAGGCAACGGAAAAAUUUGCGAGCUGCCUUCACAAGGACUCAUAAUGCAUUUGACGCAGAACUGACGCAAGAUAGUUCAAAGGAAGAUAAAAUUGUUGCAUUUGAGUUAUUGGAGGAUCGGAUGACAGAAUUGACUGCAGUUCACAGUGAAUAUAAUAAGUUAUUGUUCGAAUCCGAUUCAACAGAAGACGCCAUAUUGAGGGAGCUCGAAACGGACGAUGCUUACAGAAUGCUAUAUCUAAAGGCAAAGAUGGCGGUCAAGAAAAUCACAGAAAGCAACUUAGGACGACCGUUAAGUGCUGCAUCGGAUCUUGGAGUACUACCUGCUAGAAAAACGCUCAAGUUACCGACCAUUGAAUUACCAAAAUUUAAUGGUAAUAUAAAGGAGUGGCUUCCUUUUUGGAGCGUUUUCAAAAAAAUACACGAGGACCCAGCUCUUACAGACGAAGACAAAUUUCAAUAUUUGGUGCAAGCUACUGCACCAAAUUCUCGAGCCCAGGACUUGGUUAGCAGCUUCCCCCCAACGGCUGAAAAUUAUGGAAAAGUUAUGACGAGUAUGAAAAAUAGAUUUGGAAGGGAUGACGUUGUCGUUGAAUUUUACGUCAGAGAACUCUUAGCACUCGUUUUACACAACGCUGUGAAGGGGAACCAAGGAGCAACGUUAGCAAGCAUUUUUGACAAACUCGAAGCUUAUAUUCGAGCAUUAGACACACUUGGAGUGACAACAGACAAAUGUGCAGCUAUGUUAUACCCGCUGGUGGAGUCAUCGUUACCUGAGGAUGUUCUUCGAGCAUGGCAGAGAAGUGCACAACGGGAAAAUAUCGAUACAAAUGGUGGACGAGAAACGAAGGAUCGAUUAGCCAAAUUGUUGGAAUUUCUGCAAAGUGAGGUCGAGAAUCAGGAAAGAAUUGAUAUGGCUCUACGAGGUUUCCAGUUUUCAUCGGAAGGCGGUAACAGUAAGAAGACGAAAGGUAAGACUGAAACAGUCAAAGAUAUAGCAAGCGCAAGCGCUCUCCUCACUACGAGGGAAGCAAAAUUUGUAGAGUGUGUAUUUUGUAAAAGCAAGCAUGAAAGUCAAGAUUGUGAGACUGCGCGAAAAUUGAGUUUGAAAGAGAGGCGAGAGUGUGUUCAAAAUUCGAAUGCUUGUUUUGUAUGUGUGAAGAAGGGACACAUGGCUAAGAAUUGUCGAAGUAAAGUGAGGUGUAGUUGGUGUGGCAGACGUCACGUUUUGAUUUUGUGCGCAGGUUUCCCCCCAAGAACUGAUGUACUACAAGAUAAAUUGGGAGAAAAUAAAAAAGAUUAUGAAAAUAGUUUAGCCACUUUUAGUCAUUCACCCGAAGUUUGUAUGCAAACAUUAAAAGUAAAAGUUUUUUCAGAUCGUAGGGAAAAAAUUGUUAGAGCAAUUAUAGACACUGCUUCGCAGCGUUCUUACAUACGGGUGGAUAUUGCAAAUGAAUUGGGAUAUGGGUCUUGCGGUAAUACUGAAAUAGCUCAUUCACUUUUUGGGGGUGUAAAAUCUAAAAUUAAAAAACACGAGAAAUUUUUAAUCCGAUUGAAAAGUCUAGAUGGAUCUUACACUUGUAAUUUUUCUGUUUUGGGUCAAGACGUAAUUUGCGAUACAAUCCCAAGUGUUCAAAAAGAAUCGUGGCUAAAAAGAUUAAAAGAUCAUAAUAUAAAUUUAACUGAUAUUGAAAGUAGUCAAAAAACGAUAGAUGUUCUUAUAGGGGCUGACAUUGCGGGAAAAUUAUUAACGGGUAAUAAAUUUGACCUAGAAAAUGGUUUAGUAGCAUUCGAAACAUUACUCGGCUGGACCAUUAUGGGUAAAGUGCCCAGGGCCCAGAACGAGAAUGACACUCCUGUUGCCAUGAUUACGACAAUGCUAUCGCAGGAGGUUGAUUUGACAGAACUGUGGAAACUUGAAAUAUUAGGCAUUACUGAUCCAAGCGAGAAAGUAAACAAAACAGAACGCGAUAUAAUAGCGAAAAAUUUUGUCAGAGAGACAGCAAAGGUAACAAAGGAGGGUCGUUAUGAAUUUAAAUUACCGUGGAGAGAGGAUCAUUUAUUAUUGCCAGAUAAUUUAGAAAUUGCACAGCGUCGAUUAAAGUUUACCGUACAGAAAUUAAAAAAGCAAGGUUUUUUAGCGGAUUAUGGGGAGGUACUUAAAUCAUGGUUAGACGAGGGUAUAAUCGAAGAAGUAAUGGAAAAAGAAAUUGAUUGCGAAUGCCAUUAUUUACCUCAUCGACCGGUUUUUAAGGAGAAUAGUACCACCGUGAUUAGGCCAGUUUUCGAUGCGUCAGCAUAUGAAGUGGGGCAUCCGUCUCUUAAUCAGUGCUUAGAAACCGGGCCAAAUAUGAUAGAACUUGUACCUGAUUCAAUAAAUAGAUUUCGCGAAGGUGAAAUUGGGGUUGUAUCAGACAUAAGACGAGCUUUUUUGCAAAUUGGAAUUAAUGAAAAUGAUAGAGAUUUUCUUCGAUUUUUGUGGAUGGUGGGGGAUAAGGUUACUGUUUACAGACAUUGCCGAGUGGUUUUCGGACUGUCUUGCAGUCCUUUCCUUCUAGCAGCGGCAAUUGAAUUGCUUUUAGAAAAAGCGUUGAUUGAGGCGUCUGAAAGCAAUGGAUUGUCGUGGUCGGAAAAUUCUGUGAAAAAAUUAAAAAAGUCGUUUUAUGCUGAUAAUUGUGUAACAAGUGUUAAUUCUGUCGACGAAUUACACAAAUUUAUUCAUGAAGGAACAAAAAUUCUAUCGAGCGGAGGAUUUGAUUUACGAUUGUGGGAAUAUUCGGGCGAUAAUUCGGAAAAAAUAACGACUCUUGUUCUAGGAAUUCUUUGGAAUAAACAAAGGGAUUCUAUUUCAAUUAAUCCAGCGUCAAUAAUAACCGAAAUUCCUCAAGUUAUUACGAAAAGAUCAAUUUUGUCCAUGACUCAUGGAAUUUACGACCCGAUAGGUUUUACUUGUCCUAUAACUUUGCCACCAAAAACAUUAUUAGCACAAUUAUGGGCGGAAAAGGUCGAUUGGGACUCAAGAAUAGACGAAAAACGGGAGCAUGAAUUUUGUCAAUGGGCGAAAGAAUUAAGUUCAUUAAAAGAAAUAGAAUUUCCACGGAAAUUACCUGAAGGCAAAUUGACAAUUCAUGCUUUCGGAGAUGCAAGCGGAAUUGCAUAUGCAGCAGUCGUCUUUGUUAGAAUUGAGUCUGAGAAUAUGAUUACUGUCCUUUUAGUUAGUGCAAGGUCUAGGAUCGCUCCAAAGAAAACAACUAUCCCCCGACUAGAGUUGUUGGCCGCCUCGAUAACAGCAAGACUUGCUGACUCCGUUGCCAAGUCUUUUACGAGAGAGGUAGAAAAAAUAACUUUUUGGUCCGAUUCUACAACCGUGUUAGCAUGGUUAAAUAGGGAUGGAAAUUGGGGUACUUUUGUACACAAUAGGGUAAAGGAAAUUCGAAAAUUGACAAAUAUAGAAAAUUGGAAGUAUGUGCCAGGCGAGAAUAACCCUGCUGAUUUACCAUCGCGUGGGUGUAAUCCUCUACAGUUGGUUGCAAGUAAAUGGUGGUUGGGACCAGAGUGGUUGAAAAAACCAGAAAAUGAUUGGCCGUCAGCUAGGGAGAAAAUAAAUGAGGUCGAAGUAGAAAGGGAAGUAAAGAAAAGCGCUACCGUUAAUAUGGUUAAUCACGAGUCAAACGAAAUCAAUAUAAAUAGUAUUUUUUCAUCGUAUACUAAACUUAUACGUUUUAUCGCGUGGGUACGAAGAUUUUUGUUAAACCGAAAAUUAAUUUUACAAGAGCAAAAAACAAAACAAAACGGUGCGUUCAGUGAGCAAAAUACUAAAGUAAAAAAUUAUUCGUCGGAGGAAGAUCGGAAAAAUUUAUAUUUAACGUUAUCUGAAUUAAGAGAAGCUGAGAACAAUUUGUUAAGACAUCUACAAAAAAGUAUGUUUCAAGAUACAAAUAAAAAUAAAUUAUCUUCUUUUAAAACUUUUGUAAACAAAGACGGAUUAUACGUUGUAAAAACGAAAAUUUUAAAUAGAAAAGAUAGUGCUUUGUUUUUGAGUCCUAUUUUAUUAGACAAACAUGAAAUUAUCACUUUAUUAGUAAGAGAAACUCAUGAACGUAUCGGUCAUUCCGGAACACAAAUUGUUAUGAACGUAUUGAGAGAGAAAUUUUGGAUUAUUUCUUUGAGGCAAAUAAUUAGAUCCGUGAUAGCGAAGUGUGUGAUAUGUAAAAAGCAGAAAGUGAAACACAUGGAGUGUGAUUCACCUCCUCUCCCCGAAAAUCGUGUACGAGAUGCAGCGAUUUUUGAAGUUACCGGAAUUGAUUUUGCCGGGCCAGUUUUUAUAAAAGGGGGAGGGAAAUGUUGGAUUUGUGUAUUCACUUGCGCGAUAUACAGAGCGGUACAUUUCGAGUUGACGUCAUCAUUGUCGGUAGAGGGAUUUGUAGAGUGUCUUAGAAGGUUCAUCGCAAGGCGGGGACGACCACAGUAUAUCUAUAGCGAUAAUGGGACGAAUUUUGUGGGCACUGCGAACGCUUUAGAGGGAUUGGAUUGGCCAAGAAUUAUAAAGAAAACUGAAAUUUUUCAAAUCAAAUGGCGAUUUAAUCCGCCUGCUGCUCCAUGGUGGGGGGGUUGGUGGGAGAGACUUAUCGGCAUCUUGAAAACAAUUUUAAGGAAAGUUUUGGGAAAAGCUUGCUUAUCAUACGAAAAUUUAAUGACUUCUCUCUGCGAUGCAGAAAGUAUAAUAAAUUCGAGACCAUUGACAUACGUUUCAGAAAAUAGCGAUGACCUAAUACCUUUGAGUCCUAUGUUGUUUCUCCAAGAAAUUAAACAAUCGGGAACGCCAGAUUUAGACAUGCUUUAUGCAGAAAAAUUAAACAAAAAAUUGACUUAUAGAAAAAAGAUUUUUGACGAUUUGAGAACCAGGUUUCGACAAGAAUAUCUUAGUCAGUUAUUAUUAAAGAACGGUAAAAAAGAAAAUCGAAAUGUAAAAAUAAAUGAUAUUGUUUUGAUAGGAAAUGAUUUUCAAAAAAGAUUAGAUUGGCCUCUUGCACGUAUUGUCGAUUUCAUCAAAGGACGAGAUGGACAAAUAAGAACAUGUAUCUUAAAAACAAAAUCGGGAAUAAUUAAGAGACCCAUACAGAGAUUGUACCCGCUUGAGAUCCAUCAAGACAAUGAGGAAAAUGCGAAAAAUUUGAACGAAAAAAUCAAGAAUAAAAAUAGAAAUUUGUCAGAAAAUAUUGUAAAUACUAAUAAGAGAGAAUGCCAAACGACGAACACUGUAAAAUGUGUGAGAGAGAAAAUUUGUUUAGAUAAGGAUACACAAGUAAAAACAAAGAGUGGUCGUAUAAGUAAAAUACCCGACAGAUUAAUGUAUUGA